AUGGAAUUGAACGGUGGCUCCGUCGUGGCCAUGAUUGGCAAAGACUGUGUCGCUAUCGCCUCCGACUUGCGGCUCGGAAAUCAACAGGUGGGUAUCGCCUCCAACUUUGACAAAGUGUCUCCCGUAAACGACAAGCUCUACUACGGCAUCCCCGGUCUUGCGUCCGAUGUCUACACGUUACGCGAACACAUGCGCUUUCGAGUCAACAUGUACCGAAUGAAGGAGGAGAGGGAAAUAACACCCAAAACCUUCACCCACCUCCUUUCCAGCACCUUGUACGAGAAACGCUUUGGACCAUUCUUCAUCGAGCCGGUUGUCGCCGGUCUGCCCUCACCUACUCCUUUGGAGCCUAACCCCAAGCCUUACAUUUCUACCAUGGACACCAUUGGUUGUAUCACUACACCAAAGGACUUUGCUGUUGCGGGGACCGCUGCGGACAAACUGUAUGGUAUUGCUGAAGGUCUUUGGGAGCCUGAUCUCGAGCCUGAGGACUUGUUUGAGACCAUCUCUCAGGCGUUGUUGAGCUCUGUGGACCGAGACGCGCUCAGUGGUUGGGGAGCGGUGGUCAACAUCAUGUGA